GCUUGAUGGCAGGGGCCCGUGGCCUGGCUUGUGAAGGGAGCAGCUGAGGGGGAGCGGGCAGCAUGAGGCAGAAGAGGAAAGGAGACCUCAGCCAUGCAGAGCUGAUGAUGAUGACAAUUGCUGACAUCAUAAAGCAGUUAAUCGAGGCUCAUGAGCAGGGAAACGAUGUGAAUCUGAACAAGCUGAAAACCAAGACGGCGGCGAAGUAUGGCCUUUCAGCACAGCCGCGCUUGGUUGACAUCAUUGCUGCUGUUCCACCACAGUACCGCAAGGUGCUGGUACCAAAGCUGAAGGCCAAGCCUAUAAGGACUGCUAGUGGGAUUGCUGUUGUAGCUGUGAUGUGUAAACCACACAGGUGUCCGCACAUUAAUUUCACAGGCAACAUAUGUGUAUACUGCCCGGGUGGACCUGAUUCUGACUUUGAAUAUUCAACACAGUCUUACACUGGAUAUGAGCCAACGUCCAUGAGGGCGAUUCGAGCCAGAUAUGACCCCUAUCUCCAGACAAGACACAGAGUGGAACAGCUGAAGCAGUUGGGCCACAGCGUGGAUAAAGUGGAGUUUAUUGUGAUGGGUGGCACAUUCAUGGCCCUGCCUGAAGACUACCGUGAUUACUUCAUCAGAAACCUUCAUGAUGCCUUAUCAGGUCACACUUCCAAUAACGUUGCAGAAGCCGUCAGGUAUUCAGAACGAAGCCUGACAAAAUGUAUUGGGAUAACGAUAGAGACCAGGCCAGAUUACUGCCUGAAGCGGCAUUUAAGUGACAUGUUAUCCUACGGCUGCACACGGCUGGAGAUUGGAGUGCAGAGCGUGUACGAGGAUGUGGCCAGGGACACCAACAGAGGUCACACCGUGAAGGCCGUGUGUGAGUCUUUUCACUUAGCCAAGGAUGCCGGGUUCAAAGUGGUGGCGCAUAUGAUGCCUGAUCUACCAAACAUGGGGCUUGAAAGGGACAUGGACCAGUUUGUUGAGUUUUUUGAGAAUCCUGCUUUUCGUCCAGACGGCAUGAAGCUCUACCCGACACUAGUGAUCCGUGGCACUGGUCUGUACGAGCUCUGGAAGACUGGAAGAUACAAGAGCUACCCCCCCAGCACUCUUGUGGAUCUGGUGGCUAGAAUCCUGGCCCUUGUCCCACCAUGGACACGUGUGUACCGUGUGCAGAGAGAUAUCCCAAUGCCGCUAGUCAGCUCUGGAGUGGAGCAUGGGAACCUGAGAGAGCUUGCCUUGGCCAGAAUGAAAGAUCUUGGGACACAGUGUCGUGAUGUAAGGACAAGAGAAGUCGGAAUUCAAGAAAUUCACCAUAAAGUGAGACCAUAUCAGAUUGAAUUAGUUAGAAGAGAUUACGUAGCUAAUGGUGGAUGGGAGACCUUCCUCUCCUAUGAAGAUCCAGAGCAGGAUAUUCUCGUUGGCCUUCUACGACUGCGGAAGUGUUCGGAGGAGUCAUUCAGACCUGAGCUGAAAGGAGGUGUUUCCAUUGUCCGGGAAUUGCACGUGUAUGGGAGCGUUGUCCCUGUAAGCAGUCGGGAUCCUUCAAAAUUUCAGCACCAGGGAUUUGGUAUGUUACUGAUGGAGGAGGCAGAAAGAAUAGCCAAGGAGGAACACGGGUCAUGGAAAAUUGCUGUAAUUUCAGGUGUUGGCACAAGGAACUACUACAGGAAGAUUGGCUAUGAGCUGGAAGGGCCUUACAUGGUGAAAAAGCUGGACUGAUGCCCCAGGAGGUCCUCACCCUGACCAGCUGCUGGGAGGAGAGGUGAGGAGACAAGACUCAUCAUGCAGAGGCAGCUCAAGAGGACAGACGUAAGCUAAAAACCAAAGCCUGCCAACUGCAAAGGACUUGCUUAUGCCAGAGCCCCCAGCAGCAAAUGGGACAUCUCUUCUUGGGUGAUCAGUUCUGAGCUCUGCCCAUUGCCCCAGGAGAGGCUGGGAGUGUUCCAUUUGUGUCAUUACAUGUGUAAGCCUGCCAUACCUCUGGGAAAGCUCUGAGGCCUUUCAGCAGAGGACUGAACGUAGGUGAACUGAGAGCUCUGAAUGGGGGACACUAUUGAACAGCCUAGUGGAGAAAACAUCUGUUACUUCUGUGAUGCUGUCAGCAGGUUUUUAAUGAUUCAGCACUGAAACCGUGUGGGCUAUUCUGCAACAUGAAUUAAUUCUU